UCCCAAUAUUCUCCAUCACUACUACAGGCAUUUCUCUCCUCUCAUCACCUCUAGAAUUUCUAUUAAUUACCACUGCAGUUUAGAAACUUUCUGGGGGUUUGAGAGAUGGCUUCCAAGAGCAAUGCUUCACUUGCUCUCUUCUUUUUAAUCAAUAUUCUCUUCUUUGCUCUUGUUAGUGCUUGUAGCACUUGCCCAAAACCAAAGCCCCCGCCCUGCCCUCCACAAGGCAAGUGCCCCAGAGAUGCUCUCAAACUAGGUAUAUGUGCCGAUGUCCUCGGUGGAUUGCUUAAUCUUACUGUGGGUACUCCUCCGGUGACUCCAUGCUGCAGCCUCAUCCAAGGCCUUGUUGAUCUUGAAGCUGCUGUUUGCCUUUGCACUGCCAUCAAAGCAAACAUUUUGGGCAUCAACCUCAACAUCCCUCUUUCUCUAAGCUUACUCCUCAACGUUUGCUCCAAAAAUGUCCCCAAGGACUUCCAAUGUGCCUAAACAAUUCAAUUUCUUCUCCUCUUCGUGGGUUUGGUUCACUAGAUCUGCAUUAAGUUGUGAGUUCUAGGAUAAUAACUAAGACAGUGGCGUAGGUCUGUGAAACUUCCUCCUUUCCAUUUGUCAUAGCCUUUGUGAUCUGUUUGAUUUGAUGGUGUGCGAAACUUCCUCGUUUCCUUUGUACCAUGCUUGCUUUUGGUGUAAUUUUACCGCAAAUGAAAUUCGUUACUUACUGGGUUAAUUAA